AUGCCUCCAGGCGAGGAGAAAGAUGCCGCUCGGGCGCUCGAACAGGUCAAUGUGGAGGAAAGGGACUUGGAAAAGCACGAGACCUCGUCACAGUUCCUACAAGUGCCUAGUCAUCUUGGAAAGGUCGGACGGGCCAAAAGCGAAGACAGCACGACCUUGUCGAGGAUAGAAUCGACAGCGACCGAGAUAACACAAGUCAAUAGCGCAGCUCGGGUGGCAUCAACACCAAGGGAAAAACUGCCCUGGUACCACAAGAUCAAUCCUCUCAAGCGAGGCCCUGUGCCUCCCUUCCCUGAGGAACGAGCAGUAUGUCCAGAAUACAAUGCUGGCUUCUUUAGCUUGUUGACGUUCCAAUGGAUGCAACCAUUGAUGACUGUUGGCUACAAGCGAACCAUUGAAUUCAAUGAUAUCUGGAAGGUCAAUCCAGACAGGAGUUCCGAGGCGAUGAUCAAUAAAAUGAUGCCGGCUUUCCAAGCGAGGACGGCUCGAGGAGAACAAAACCCCCUCGUAUGGGCUCUUUUUGACACAUUCCGAAGCGAAUUUUUAUUUGGAGGCGUCUGCGCUUUGUUCUCAGCCUUGCUUCAAGUUUUUGCCCCGUUUGCCACCCGAUAUUUGAUUCAGUUCGCCACAGACGCUUGGAUUGCCGACAGAACGGGUGGCAGUGCUCCUCCUAUCGCCAAUGGUAUCGGUCUAGUCAUCGGAAUCACUUUCAUGCAGGUCUGCCAGACCACAGCUACUAAUCACUUUCUCUACCGAGGUAUGGUUGUGGGAGGGGAAGCACGAGCCGUUUUGAUAAAUUCUAUAUUUGAGAAAUCGCUUAAGAUCUCUGCUAGGGCCAGAGCCGGGGGGAAAGCUGUUGAAGCACCGCAAGCCCCAGACCAACCAGAGCAGGCACUGGAAGAAGAAAAGUCAUCUGAUCGACCAGCCCUCGCCCGUGCACUUUCAAAACGGCUUCACCCCAAAGGCGGGCCGAAAAUCACGCCAGACAAAGGAGCAGGCAUUGCAGGGGAUGGUACCGGUUGGGGCAAUGGCAAAAUCAUCAAUUUGAUGAGUGUUGACACAUAUCGAGUUGACCAGGCCUCUGGAAUGUUUCACAUCAUUUGGACCUCGCCGAUCCAACUUGUUAUUGUGCUCGUUGUGCUCUGUAUCAAUCUUGGCUACAGUGCGCUAGCAGGCUAUGCCCUCAUCCUUGUGAUGAUGCCCCUUCUAGCCAGAACAAUAAAGUCCCUGUUCGCUAGGAGGAAGCAGAUUAACAAGAUAACCGAUCAACGUGUUACAUUAACGCAAGAAAUCCUGAGUUCGGUCCGGUUCGUCAAAUUCUUUGGGUGGGAGACCAGCUUCUUGAACCGCCUUAAGGAAUUGCGGAAGCGCGAGAUCCGAGCAAUACAGGUGCUACUCUCAAUACGGAACGCCAUCAAUGCGGUAGCCAUGUCUAUGCCUGUGUUUGCUUCCAUGCUUGCCUUCAUCACAUAUUCCGUCACGGAUCACGGACUUUCACCUGCUCGAGUCUUCUCAUCCCUAGCUUUGUUUAAUUCGUUGAGGAUGCCACUUAAUCUGCUCCCUUUGGUUCUUGGCCAAACCACCGAUGCUGUCACUGCGCUAAAGCGUAUUCAGGAAUUCCUCCUCAGUGAGGAACAAGCAGAACAGGUCACUUUCAACGAAGACAUGGAGGACGCCGUAGAGGUCCAGCAAGCCUCUUUUACCUGGGAGCGCACUGCGACUCAGGACAAGGAGCGAGUGGGCACUUUCCAAACAAAAGGCGAACUCAAAGCGCAGAAAGACAAGAUAAAAGAAGACAAGAAGGCGGAGAAGGCUGCUAAAAAGGCCAGAAAGUUCCCCGGGGGUUCGAAUGAAGAUGUAUCAAGCGAAAUUACCGAGAUCGAACCGUUCAAACUUUCUAGUAUCGACUUUAACGUUGGAAGGAAUGAGCUCAUAGCUGUUAUUGGCUCUGUUGGCUCUGGCAAAUCUUCCCUGUUGGCUGCACUGGCUGGUGACAUGCGAAAGACUGGUGGGAAAGUCAUGAUGGCCUCGAGCCGCGCGUUCUGUCCUCAAUAUGCAUGGAUACAGAACUCCACCCUGAAGGACAACAUCUUGUUCGGGAAGCCUUAUAAAUCCAGAUGGUAUCGUGAUGUCAUCGAUGCGUGUGCACUGGGACCGGAUCUCGAAAUACUUCCUGCCGGGGAUCAGACCGAGAUUGGUGAACGUGGAAUUACCUUGUCCGGUGGUCAAAAACAACGAUUGAACAUUGCACGGGCCAUCUACUUUGAUGCAGAUAUCAUCCUCAUGGAUGACCCUCUUUCGGCUGUUGAUGCCCACGUUGGCCGUCACAUCAUGGACAAAGCUAUAUGUGGCCUAAUGAAGAACAAAUGCAGAAUCCUGGCAACGCACCAGCUUCAUGUCUUGAAUCGUUGUGAUAGGAUCAUCUGGAUGGAAGACGGUCAUAUACAGGCCAUCGAUACCUUUGACAAUCUUAUGAGCCAGAGUGUUGACUUUCAGAAACUUAUGGCGACAACUGCACAAGAGGAUGUUGCUCAGGCCAAGGCCGUUGAAUCGGAUAAAACAGAGAAAAAGCCAGAAAAGAAGACCAAAAAGGGAAAGGCUGCCGCUCUGAUGCAACAAGAGGAGCGUGCUGUCAAGUCGGUCAGCUGGAGUGUUUGGGGUGCGUACAUCAAGGCGUCCGGUUCCUUUGUACUCUGGCCAUCCAUCUUCAUCGCCUUGGUAUUGUCUCAAGGGUCGAAUAUAGUCACCAGUCUUUGGCUCAGUUGGUGGGUUAGCGAUCAUUUUGGUCUCUCUAGAGGCGCGUACAUCGGGGUAUAUGCGUGCCUCGGGUUCUCCCAAGCUGUACUCCUUUUCAUGUUCUCGACCGUACUAUCAGUCAGUGGCACGAAUGCCAGCAGGACCCUGCUCCAUAGAGCCAUCACCCGAGUACUACGAGCGCCCAUGUCGUUCUUUGAUACGACUCCACUAGGACGAAUCACAAAUCGAUUUUCGAAGGAUGUUGACUCUUUGGACAACAGUUUGACCGACGCAAUGCGGCUGUACUUUUUAACCCUGGCCAUGAUUAUUUCGGUCUUUGCAUUGAUCAUUGCGUACUUCCACUUCUUCGCGGUGGCCCUCGGUCCGCUGUUCUUACUCUUCUUAUUUGCGGCAAGCUAUUAUCGAGCCUCCGCCCGAGAAAUUAAACGACAUGAGUCGGUAUUGAGGUCAACCGUCUUCGCCCGUUUCUCCGAGUCGGUUUCAGGUGUGUCAUCCAUCCGUGCAUAUGGACUGCAGAAGUACUUCACUUCGAGGGUGCGGGACGCGAUCGAUCAGAUGGAUUCGGCUUACUAUAUAACAUUCGCCAACCAGCGUUGGGUUUCGACUCGCCUCGAUGCCAUCGGAAACAUUAUGGUCUUUGUGGUCGGUAUCCUGGUGGUUACCGACCGAUUCAGUGUCAACCCUAGUAUCGGAGGACUGGUUUUGUCCUAUGUUUUGGCAAUUGUGCAGAUGAUUCAAUUCACGAUCCGACAACUGGCCGAGGUUGAGAACAACAUGAAUGCCACAGAGCGGAUACAUUAUUACGGAACGGAACUGGCAGAAGAAGCAGCCUUGAAAGACAGGGACGUGCCACCGUCUUGGCCUCAGGCCGGUGCCAUCACGUUUGACAAGGUGGAGAUGCGGUAUCGACCGGAGUUGCCGCUCGUGCUCCAGGGCCUGGAUUUCUCCAUCAAAGGCGGCGAACGAAUUGGAAUUGUCGGUCGAACUGGGGCCGGAAAGUCUUCGAUUAUGUCGGCUCUGUUCCGCCUGACUGAAUUGUCAGGCGGGCAGAUAAAGAUUGACGACAUUGAUAUCUCGACGGUUGGGCUCCAAGAUCUACGAUCACGAUUGGCAAUUAUUCCACAAGACCCAACCCUUUUCCGUGGCACUAUUCGAUCGAAUCUUGACCCGUUCAAUGAACAUACUGAUCUCGAACUCUGGACGGCCCUUCGGAAGGCAGAUUUAGUUGCGGAGGAGGUUGAUCCCAAGGACAAGUCUCCGAGACCACAAACCGCGGAGACGGCCGCAACAUCGACAUCGAACGUGAAUGGGCCACCGGCGCCCAGCAGGAUUCACCUUGACAGCCAGGUGGAAGAGGAGGGCCUAAACUUUUCCCUCGGUCAAAGGCAAUUGAUGGCAUUAGCCAGGGCGUUGGUCCGAAACUCCCAGAUCAUCGUGUGUGACGAGGCAACAUCUUCUGUUGAUUUCGAGACGGACGAGAAGAUCCAAAGGACGAUGAGAACAGGAUUUGCAGGCAAGACAGUGCUCUGCAUAGCGCACCGGUUGAAAACCAUCAUCAACUACGAUCGAAUCUGCGUCAUGGACAAGGGCCAGAUUGCCGAAUUGGACACACCGAUCAAUCUGUUUGAAGCGAAUGGAAUCUUCCGGGGAAUGUGCGAUAAAAGUCAUAUCAGGCGAGAGGAUUUUUUCCGGGAGGAAUGA